GCACUUUCAACAUCAAACAAUUAGUAACUAGGUAGUAGACGCUCACAAGUCAUCUCUCCCCAGAAUCUAUUCCGUUACCACCCACUUCUGCUUGAAUUCUAUCUACGCAUAUCUGGUCUUCGAAGUUGCCCUCACAAAUUGACGAUAUCACGCUUGUUAGUGCUUGUUGGCUCGUCGUUAUUGCCGUCGUGUGCUGCCUGAAACAUUUAAACAAUGGCUUUCUGGAUUGACGUGUUCUCCUUUCUAACCAUAACGUCCCUUUUUGUUGGGACCAUCCUCGGCAUCGUCUUCCUUGCGAAACGCUUCUCAGCGGCCGCUCAGAAUACGAAGGAAUCUCUUCAGAACAAAGGCAUUUCUAUAUCGGACAAGGGUAUGUCGAUUAAGAUGUCGAAGAGGUUUGACAGGGAAGAUUACAUGGAUGCGACACAACGCGGUGUGAUCAAAGUUUUAGACGCAUCCAACGUCCACCCCGCCGGCGUGGAUGACCCUUACCACAUCAAAUCUAAAUCAAGCAGCGACCUGUUAUCGGCAGAUCAUGAUGGGACCACUCACAGCGCAAAGAUAUUUGGGAUCCGGCGAGCGCACAGCGGGGCGAGUAAGUGAGAACUAAGAGCAGACCUCUGGGUAGAGGUAUAACCCUCCGUGGAAUUCAUCCUGUGCACUCGUGCCCAAAUUAUUCCCAGGGAGCUAUUGGGAAGGUAGGUACUAUUUUAUCAACUUGUAAUUGCGUGCGGAUAGCCUGGAUAGUAUUAAAUAAGUGUAUCUCGAACUUCGUUUUAACUAUAAUAUCUGUCUCUCAGCCAUAUGUUUCUCGAGAUAUUCGUUUUGCAC